CUAAGUUUUCUGCUCACCCUCUUAAAGGACAGUUGCACUUUUGAUUACGUUUUAGGUACCCGCCAUUUUGAUUCGCAAAUCUGACAGAUAUUCGUUGGAUGCCUUGCUGCUGAAAUAUUUCAUCUGGACAGUGUCGACACCAAAGGGCGAUACAGAAGCUCGGCAGGGCGAGCAGCGACGCUGUAAAGGACGUUGCAUCCGGGGAGAGGACGGGGACUCUGAGCUGACAAAACGGUCACCUACGGGCCUCCGGGUCACCUGAAAGCCCAAACUUUUAGAUGACGGCUGAUACAACGUGGUAACGGUCGCUUCUGGGAGUAAACAAAUGUCACGGUAACCCGACGUAAACCCUGGUAGGAUGCUAACGCCUUUGGUCGGUGAAUCAGAAGGACAGCGUCGAGCCGCCGCGAUGCACACAUGACCAGUGUUAGCAUUCGAGCUAUCGUUGCCCACUAGUGACGUUAGCCUAUUGAAAAUUGUUUAGUAACGUUAGCAACCGAAUGAAGAUAUAUCGCUAGCGGGCUGGUUCACGUCCUGCAGGCAAGGUUCAUGCCAAUAUCUUCCGGGUUUGUGUCUGACUUCCUCAUGUGAAUUCGCUGACGCCAAUUGCUGUCCAGGCCGUGCAUUGUCAAUAAGGCAAAUGGCUGUUUAGCAAGAUCUGACUGAGGAUACUGCUCCUUGUUGAUAUCUGUGUGUGUGUGCUGGUGACGUUAGCCAUGUUUUGGAAAUUUGACUUGCACACGUCUUCUCAUCUGGAGGCUCUACUGAACAAGGAGGAUGUCACGCUCAUUGAGCUAAUGAAUGAGGAGGAUGUGUUGCAGGAGUGCAAGGCCCAGAACAGAAGACUUCUCUCGUUUGUGAGCCAGGACCACUGCAUGCAGGACCUUGUUCGUAUGAUUACUACAGAGCCCCCUGCCGGUGUACAGGAGACAAAGCGCUUCAAAUAUCCAAAUAUAGCUUGUGAGCUUUUGACAUGUGAUGUGGGAGUGAUCAACGAUAAGCUGGGUAAUGAUGAGCCUCUCCUGGAAACUCUGUAUGCCUUCCUGGAGCAGCCGUCCCCACUUAACCCCCUCCUGGCCUCUUUCUUUAGCAAGACAAUUGGGAACCUCAUCACACGAAAGACUGAGCAGGUGAUUAGUUUCCUGCGACGGAAGGAGGGAUUCCUUUUGUUGGUGCUGAAGCAUAUUGACACAUCAGCCAUGAUGGAUGUGCUCCUAAGGCUCAUUAGCUGUGUCGAGCCACCUCCUCUUAGGCUCGAGACACUUAUUUGGCUGAAUGAAGAGAAGCUGGCACAAAGACUCAUAGAGCUCAUUCACCCUGAGAAAGAUGAAGAGAGGCAGUCCAAUGCUUCUCAGACUUUGUGUGACAUCAUUCGUCUGAGCAGAGACCAGGCCAAUCAGCUUGCAGAGAUUUCACAGCCUGACCCUUUGCUGACUGUGCUGGAGUCGCAGGAGUGUGUGGAGCAGUUGCUGCAGAAUAUGUUCUCAGCCAAAAGUAACGAGAGCUGUAUCAUCAAUGCCAUUCAAGUGAUUCUCACAUUACUGGAAAUCAGGAGGCCUGUGGUGGAUGGUGUCAUGGAUGCUCAGGGAUUUGAGAGAAGUUACACCGUUAACAGCAGCAUUUUGUUAGCUAUCCAACCACACCUAGUACACUUCCACCAGCUUCUUCUGGAGCCACCAAAGCGGAAUCCCAUGCUGACUUCUCUGGGUGUGCUAGAGGAACCAUUAGGGAACACACGUCUUCACGUAGCCCGACUGAUGGCCUCUUUGCUGUAUACCAGCUCUGCCAGCCAUGCUGUAGUAGCACAGGAACUCUGCCGACUUAAUACAAUGCACCUGCUUCUGGACCUGUUCUUCAAGUAUACAUGGAACAACUUCCUGCACCUCCAGGUAGAGCUUUGUGUUGCUGCUAUCCUCCGCCCAUGUGCCCAUGAAAUGAGACUUCAGCCUGGCAUGGGAGCGCAGGAAAAAUCCAAUUCUCCACAGGACCGCUCACCGGAGCAGGAUUCGACUGAUGCCUCUUCUGAACCUGCAGCCCCCCCUGAAAACUCUGCACAUAAUCUAAUGGUGACUCAUUUGUUUCAGCAUUGCCACCUUGUCCAGAGGAUUCUGGAGGCCUGGGAAGAGAAUGAUAAGAUGCAGUCAGAAGGUGGCAUGAGAAGAGGAUACAUGGGACAUCUGACCAGAAUUGCCAAUACAGUAGUCCACAACCUGGAGAAGGGUCCUGUUCACACACAGAUUAGUAGUCUCAUUACAGAGCUGCCAGAAGACUACAGAGGGCGCUGGGAAACCUUUGUGGACCAGACCCUGUCGGAGACUAAUAGGAAGAACACUAUAGACCUGAUCGGUACGGGAAACCCACGUUCUUCCUCAGAGGAUGAUAUGGAGAGCCCCUUCCCGAAAGAACUGACUCUGCAGCAGGCCUUUUCGGACUACCAGAUCCAGCAGAUGACUGCUAACUUUGUGGAUCAGUUUGGCUUCAAUGAUGAGGAGUUUACCGAUCAUGAUGACAGUAUUGGAGCAACGUUUGACCGAAUUGCAGAGAUCAAUAUUAACAUUGAUGCAGGACAGGACAAUGCUAAUACAGCUGUGUUUGAGACCUGUUCCAAGGAGAGGAUUCAGCCCUUUGACGAUGAUGAAGAAGACAUCUGGGAAGAGAAAGAGAUGAAAUUUGCAACACAAACCAAGUCCCGUAACAGAUUUGGUGGGUUACGAUCAUCCCCGAGCCCUGCAGCCAGUAAAGAUUGUGAUAGGACUGAAGCUUCCGCCACUGAGGCCUCUGACACAGCAGCAGACUGUGACUCUGUGGAAGGAGAGAAGCCCAAAGAUGACCUGGAUCCUUUCUCAAGCCAGGGCCAAACCGAUGGAACUAAGAGUAGUGGCUGGAUAGCAGACUUUGAGGAGGUGAACUCAAAGGCUCCUUCAUUAGGAGGGGGCUUUUCUGCCUGGGACACUACAGACCCCAAACCAGCUGGCGCAGAGGACAAAGGUUGGGCCAAGUUCACCGACUUCCAGCCUUUCUGCUGCUCUGAAGCCGGCCCUAGAUGCAGUUCUCCCGUGGACUCAGAGCUCAGCGGAUCAGGCAAUGCUAAACCAAAUCAGAACCCAUGUGUGUGGAGUGUUUGUGUGGCGAGAAAAGCUCCACUGGUAGCGUCAGACAGCUCUUCCUCCAGCAGCUCAGACAGUGAUGAGGAGGUAGGAAAGACUCUUCGCGAGUCGUCAACCAGCGACACGGUCACCACUGAAACCAUCACAUCUGGGGCUGGAAAGGAGACAAUUCGGCUCACCGUGGACGCCAAAAAUGAAAGGGCAGUCUUCAGCAGUGAAGCAGUCACAGUCCCGGGUGAAGGACUCUCCAUAAAAGACAAGGAGAAAAGCUACGAGAGAGGCAGCAAAAAGGAAGAGAGAUGUGGAGACUGUCCUAACCCGACUACAGCCAGUCCGACUGACCAGUCGGCUUCUGUCACACAGGAAACGCAGGCAUCAACUAAUGGACCGGCCUAAACAUGCAGCAAAAGCGCGCACACACACACACCCACACACACACACACCCGCACACACACAGAGACAUGCGUCAUACCUCAACAUUCAACACACAACCAGCUUAGCUUCGUGAUAACAGCCCUCAUAUAUCUGAAGAAUGAUUUCUGCUCAGUGUUGAGGUCAAAAAAGCCCUUGACAGUGAGUUUGCUGAGUGACUCAUAUUUACACAUUGAUCUCUCAUUACUAAAUUAUGACUGAUCCGCUGGAAUGAAUGUAUAUUUUAGACAACAUCGCCCAUCUAUUUUAAUGAGCGAUGUGUGUUUUGAAGGCCAGCCGUGGCACUUUCAGAAAACGGAAACCUAAGUUGAAAAUUUGACCUUUAGCAAACUUGCCAUCAAAUUUCAGAUUGUUUGAGCAGAGCUGCUCUCUGGGCAUUUAAUCACAGCCCAGAGAUUUUCUCUGCAUUUGACUGUUUACACUUAAGUAUAGAAAACUGUAUUUAAAUAAUUAGUCAAAAUCACAUAAGCCAAGAUGCUUGCAACGCUAGCAGCCGUUUUCUCUUCAGCAUUUCAUGCCAGUCAGAUAUUUUAUUGGUACAAAUGUGAGUGAUGAUUUGGCUUUUUUAUACAUACAACUAAAAAUUAUUUCGCAAUACAAGUAAGAUUUAUUUGACUUGAUCACGCAAAACAUUUACGCUCUCUUUAGGAAAAUAGGUUUUUAUUAGGAGCCUCAGAUUUGGGGACACCGUGUGACUCUUCCUCAAUGUUAAUGUGUGUGUAUGUGUGUGUGUGUGUGUGUGUGUGUGUGUGUGUGUGUGUGUGUGUGUGUGUGUGUGUGUGUGUGUGUGUGUGUGUGUGUGUGAGCUCUGCCUGAUGUAAAGAGUGCAUUCUCAGGCCAAAGGAGAGUUAUGCGGCUACAAAGCAAGCACACCUGUGUAACACACACACCCACGUAUACGCAAUUAAUUCCUUACAUGCGUGCAAAAAAACCCAAUUCAUAUCACCCUCUGAGCUGUUGAAAUGUAAUAUUGUGAAAUUUGAUUAGGUGUAUUAGGUUGUGGCUAUUCUUGGUAAUAUGUAAACGUACUAUAAACAGUAUAUAUGAACAUUAUAUCUAUUUUUGGAAUAACUCCAAUAUAUGGAAAGGCGGUUGUUUGCAGGUUGCAACGUGUGUAGGUGUUGUUGUGUGUGUUGUACUGUUGAAAUGAGGCAAUAAUGAUAUCUGUGUUUCAGUUAAUACCCCAGCAUCAGUUCCUGUUCUUCUGCUACUUGCCUACUACGUAGAGGUUGUGUCAGAGUCUGCGUGAGUGAGUUGGUAGUCUGUGGUUUUUGUCCUCUUUAUUUUCUUGAAGUGUAAUGAGGGUUUAGACCUUGGUUCUUAUUUUCAUUCUGUUUGAAACAAAAUACUAGGUUAACAAAUCUUAUUGGGGGAAGAAAUAUUUGGUGGCCAUUGAAAUAAUACCAAAACUGAUGCUUCAACCUAUCCUUACCUUACCUACCAUAUCUUAUUAUUAUUAUUAUGUGUAUGGACAUAUUUACUUCUCUUCAUCUACAAUGAUGGAAUAUUAUCAACCAGAGCUGAACACAUUUGUUGAUUUGAGGUAAUAGUUCAUCAGAAGAAAACUAUUGGGCACACAUUUUGAUCAUCAUUUAGGAUUUUUGAGGGGGCAAACAUGACCUUGAAUUAGUUUCCAAAUUUGCAGUGAAGCAGUCACUAAUUUUAGAAAUAACUUUAUAUUUGGACUGUUGCCCAGACAGAACCAACAUGUUAGUGUCUCUUUUUGGUUUAAGAAAUUAGGAUGGAUUUUUUUUCUGACAGAUUAUCGGUUUAAUCAGUAAACUAGUCAUCAGUGAAAAUUAUCGUACGCUGUAGACUAUCAACGCGUUGAGUGUGAACAUGUUAACGUUUGGCACAAGGUGAAUUAAUUUAUAUAAUCCUUUGUCCAUUGUUUGCUUAUUUAAAAACCUGUUGGAUGACUGAUGUUCUUCAUUUUAUUUAUUUUACCUGGUUGACUACAAUCUAAUCAUAACCUUAACAUUAACAAGACCCAAGUUGUUCUAAACCAGAGUUCUUCAGGUUUCCCUGUGCCAGACAGUUAUGCUUUAUUUCAUCUUCUUGUAAUUGCAUAUAUGCCGAUGGAACAAUUUGUUGUAUUUACACAUUGAACAUUGUUGUAUUUAUUUAAAAAGCACUUUUUCAAGAAGCACUUUUGGUUUGUAUGUGGUGAUGCCAAGCACCACCACACUAUUCCCACCUCAAAGAGGUGGGAAUGUUUGACUUCAACCAGUAAAUGAUGUAGAUAAUUUAUAAUACUUUUUCUUCAAUGCGUUCUGCCAAAGUGUGUCUUCCCACCAGUGUUACAACUGGCUAUCAUAUCUGUGAAGUAGACGCUCUUCUUGCAACGGUGUCUAGGUCAAUCUAAGCCAGUCUUUGUUUGAGCCCUCUCAUUUGUUUUAGUCAUGGGAUGGAUCUGUCAACAGUAGGAGAGGAUCCCAAAUGUCAAAGACUGGGAAGAGUCAUCUUAGACCACAGAUAUUUUUGCUUGUAUCAUGUUCAAUGCUGAUGUGUUUUGAAGUGGAGGUGUGUAAAGUAAGCAUUGGUUUAAGUCAGGGUUAGAGGAGAAAAUCCUGUGUAGCUACGGGUAGAGUGUGAUGUUAUGCAUAAUGGCAUGAGGUACAUUUAUCUUUAAGUGCCAGUAAGUUUGCACAUUAGCCUCAUUCACCUCAUCGGCAAUGUGCUGUAUUGUACAGUAUAUGCAGAAAACUUGAAUUCAGAGAUGAUGGGUAUUAAAUUGUUACUUCAUCCAAUUGUCUGUUCUGAGGCCAUUUCAAAGUUUAAAUCUUCCUUGCAUUUUGUGUGUGUGUGUGUGUGUAUGGACUGAUGCUGGUGGGUUUUCUCCCUUUUUUUUUCUUCUUCAUUUAGGAAGUAAUGUGUCUGUUUCCUGUUGUCACAUUUGCUUGUACAUUCAGAUAUGAACCUAAUAAAUAUGUCAGACCAAGAAUAA